CGUCGCGAUACCGCUCAUUCGUACCUCCGCCGCCGCACAGCGCUGGCGUCAACGUUGACAGUUCAUGUGAUUACAGGAGUCUUUGAAAAUAACCGGGAACAUGGAUAAGGAACACGCGCUCGAAGAAAUGAUGGGAAAGCUUGGGGACUUCGGCAAGUACCAGGCUUUCCAGUUCUUUCUCCAUAUCCUGGCGGCAAUGACUGCCGGUCUUCACAUGCUGUCCUUAGUCACUGUGGCCGCUGUACCAGACCACAGAUGCUGGAUCGAAGGUGUAGAUACCGAAGAAUCCGCAGCACAAUGGAACUCGACAGAAAUAUUAAGAGCCAUACCUUUAACACCUUCUGAGAAACUCGAUCAAUGCUUAAUGUUUUCCGAGGGAAAUGUUACGAUCGCGUGUUCGAAAUGGGUAUAUGAUACCACAUAUAGAUCGUCUUCCAGGGGAAUAGAAUGGAAUCUAGUUUGCUACCAAAGAUAUAAAGGAGCUCUGGCGCAAUCUUUUUAUAUGUUAGGAGUAUUCACCGGAGCAAUAUAUUUAGGUGGAUUAGCUGAUAAAAUUGGUAGAAAACCUGUAUUUUGCUGGUCGGGUAUUUUACAACUACUUUUAGGCGUUCUAGUAGCAUUUAUGCCGGAAUACUGGUCAUUCGCUGUCGUAACAUACUUAUAUGGCAUUGUUGGCUCGGCUGGUUCAUUCAUACCAGCUUAUGUAUUACUUACAGAAGUCAUCGGACCCAGUAAACGAACACAAUGUGCUACGAUCUUUCAUUGCAUGUUUUCAGUCGGCAUGAUUUGUGUUGCAAUAUGGGGUGCAUUUAUAGAUGAUAAAACCAUCUUGCAAGUAGUCUAUGGAUUACAUAGUAUAAUUUUAAUACCACAUAUUUGGUUAAUGGACGAAUCGCCUAGAUGGUUAUGGGCUCAGGGAAAAACAAAAGAGGCUGUGAAUAUCGUACAAAAGGCAUUGAAAUUUAACAAAUUAGACGAAGUUUUGGAUGUAGCAGAAUAUGUUGCAAGGGCUAAAAUAGAGUUUAACGAAAAAUUACAGAGACAGCCUGAAGUAUCCAAUAAAACUGGAGUUUUAGAUCUAUUUAAAACACCACAUAUAAGAAAGAUGACAUUGAUAAUUUGCUUAUGUUGGUUUGCGAAUUCGUUAGUUUAUUAUGGACUAGCAUUAAAUUCCGGCAAUAUAGAAGGAAACCCUUACUUAAAUACAGCUUUAUUCGCUCUGGUUGAUAUUCCGAGUUAUGCGGUGGUCUUUUAUUUUCUUAACGUAUGGGGGCGAAGAACUUUUAUCAGCUCAGCAAUGUUAGUCGGUGGUUUUGCAUGUGUAGUUGCAGCUUUUCGACCAGUAAGUGUUAUGGUUACAACCACAAUUGUUGUGGUUGGAAAACUGUGUAUAGCUGCAUCAUUUGCUAUAGCAUAUAUUUAUUGUGCUGAACUAUUUCCCACCGUGGUACGAAACUCAGCUUUAGGUUUGGCUUCAAUGUUUGCCAGAUUGAGUGGAUCUUUGACGCCGUUUAUUUCUUUACUCGAGACCUUGGAUCCUAAAGUUCCUUCUAUAACUUUCGGUCUCAUUGCACUCUUGUCCGGCUUCCUUUGUUUAUUUCUACCAGAGACCAUGCACCGAACGUUGCCACAAUCUCUUGCUGAUGGAGAACGGCAUGGUAAGGGAGACACUUGCUUUUCUCAAUGUUAUAAAAAUAAAGAAAGAUCUCAGAAACAAGAGGAUGAAGAAGCUACCACAUCCAUGGUGACUAAGGACAACGACAGUAAAAUUUAAUUUUGAACAGUAUUAAUUACUAGAUAUUGGACUUGCCAAAAUUUUAGAUUAGGUUUAUGAAAACUGACAGUUUUUAUGGGAUUCGGUGAUAACAUUAUUUUUACUUUCUAUUGCAUUAAUUAAGUAAGUAGUAGCAAGUAUUGUCUUGCCAUUUUAGUUAGAUUUCUAGUUAUACAUACUAUAUUUUUACAUUUGAUUUUAUUGUACUGAACAUACGUAAUUUACUGCACCUAAUUAUCCGUCCAUGACAUUGAGGUAACUAUAAUGAACAAAUAAUAUACGUAAAUAUUUUUUUAUACUUUUAGUUAGCAAUCCCCAAAAGAUGUAGGUAUGACCCAGUUAUUUACUUUAGUUUUAUUUUUUUGAAGAUCAAAAUAAUAGGUGAUCUAUUUGAUCGUAAAAAAGACAAAGAAAGACGAGAACGAAGAGAAGAGUAAACUUAGUGAUAAAGAAAAAUAUUUUAAUGAGGCAGCAUCAUUUCCAGGCUGCUGAUAAAGCCUUCAUUCCGUCCACUAUCCGCUAUCAUCAGGACUUUAGGCUUAUAGACUCAACAUUUCUGUAUUAUUUACUUUACUACAAUAAAAUGUACUUAACUAUUGUUACCAAUAUAUUUAUUAUUUUAUGAUAUUUAAAUAUCAAAUAUUAUAAUAUUUGGCAAUAUAAAAAUGAUAAUGAUGAAAAGAAAUAGAGAUAAUAAAAAAAUUGUGUCUGGAUUUAACCGACUUCGUUACCUAUAGAUUGCAAAGAUUUAAGUGCAAAGAUGAAAUAUAUCUUUGCAGGCAAUGUGGGAUGAAGAGGUGAUGUGAUGUGUACCUACUGUACUGAUGAGAAAAGAUUAUAGGAAUCACGGCUAUGUUUGGUGGUGGUAUUAUUUUAGUUUCAUAUACUUGUUUCGGUAUGAAUAAUGAAGCCUUGUAAUGUUUGAACUAAGCAGUAGAGUUACCUAUAUUUUUUAAAACAGGUAGGUACAUCUUAGAGCAUUAAACCAACGUACAUUGAAUAACAAGAUAUAUUCAAUUAAAUAAAAUACAUUUUAAACUCAAUAUUUUAUAUUAUUUACUUCAAACAAUAGAUAAAUAUUUUAAUCACAGUAAGGUAAAACUUUUAUAGACACUAUAGAAGAUAUAAGAGACGAGAAACACAUAGGUAUUUUAACAUGAAGAUCAUUUAAAAUAAGUACCUAACUAACUACCUAUGAUCACUAAGAUUUUCAUGCAAGCUGACAAUUUUUUAUAAGUAGGUAUUCAGUAUCCAAUAAUUAUUCUAAGCACGUAAAUAUACAGGGACGGGCAGUUAUUAUUUUAUAGCAAUAAAAAGAAAUGAGAGGAUACAAGGUAAUAUAAGAAGACUCCACAAAAUAAAAGACAAUAAUUCCAUAACAAUCACAGAUAAGAGUUGAAAUCUUACAACACUGCAUUAGUAGGUAUUUUUAUUAUAACGGAACUAAUAUUUUUAGUUUGUAAUAGGAGCAUAAUAUAUAAUUUUAAAAUUUAGCCUGUAUCCUGUAUCGCCAUAAGAAAUUAAAAAUGUUAAUUUAUAUAAAUAAUUAAGUAUAUGAAUGUUAAAAAAUAAAGAAUUUAUAAUUACCUUAUGAAAUGUUUUGAGCGAUUAGGUCGUAUAUAAUACCUGUAUGUGUCAUCUCACUAGGUUUCACCUCGCUUUUGGCGCCAAAAUGUUAUAAAUGAUGUACUUAUCGAUAUUAUGUUUUAUAAACGUAGUAAUAGUAUCUCAAUGUUUAUAAAUAGGGCAAGAUGAAACAUUUAUUGCCAAUGUAAGCUAAUAAGCUAGUUAACAAGAUUAACUGGGAAAUGUCGAUUCUUAGAUGUGAUUAAGCAAUAUAUUAUUAUGUACAUCUGAUGAUUUUUAAUGCAAUAAACCUUUAAAUAAGUAUUUAAUUCAAUUAAUAAUAAAUCCACUCAAAUAUGAAAAUAGAAAUAGAUAGCCAAAACAAGGGAAUUUAAUUGUUUCCGACAUGGCAGCACUGAUAAUACUCAAAAUAUUAAAUUUGACAAUUAUUAUAUAAUUUAUUAUUUUCCUUUUAAUUGUAAUGCAUCAGAAAUUGUAAUAAAUUUACAGCUAACAAUAAUGAAUAUUUAUUUACAUUAAAUAAAUCGUGCACUGUCCUUUUAACAGGCACUAUUUGAAUCCCAUGUUAAUAGUUGGUCAUAGCAAAUUUAAUUGUAACGAUAAUUAUAUAAGGUUGAGUCUUGCAUUACAUCAAUUCCGCGCUUA